AUGCCCUGCUCCGAGUGCGAGCCGCAGCCCGCCUCGCCCGGCAAGCGGCCGCGCGCCGCCCAGCGCCUCCGCUUCGCCAGGCUCUCCGAGAACGCGCGCGCGCCCACGCGCGGCUCCGCGCGCGCCGCCGGCUACGACCUGUACAGCGCCUAUGACUGUGUGAUACCACCUAUGGAGAAGGCGGUAGUGAAAACAGAUAUUCAAAUUUCACUUCCUGCYGGAUGCUAUGGGCGUGUAGCACCACGUUCUGGUUUAGCUGCAAAGCACUUCAUUGAUGUUGGUGCUGGUGUUAUUGAUGAGGAUUACAGGGGAAAUGUUGGUGUGGUACUCUUCAACUUUGGCAAGGAAUCUUUUGAAGUUAAAAAAGGGGAUAGGAUUGCUCAGCUGAUAUGUGAACGUAUCUUCUAUCCUGAACUAGAAGAAGUUCAGGUUUUGGAUGAUACAGAACGUGGCGCAGGUGGCUUUGGUUCUACUGGACAGAACUGAAGAUGCUUUCAGAAUACUUUCUAUGGUUAUGUUACCUAACCUUUCUUUUAAAAUCAAGGGUAGAUUAAAAAGUUUCAAAUUUAUGCA